UAAAUGAGACGCGUGACGUCAGGACACCGAUGAUUGGCCGGCGAGGGGUUGUCUUCCCGCCUCUUCCGCGGCGUCCUGGAGACGGCAAGAUGGCGGCCAUCCGUAGCUUGAAGGGUUUAGUUGGUGUAAUCAGUGGUGGAGCCUCUGGCCUCGGUCGGGCCACAGUAGAACGACUGAUCGGUCAAGGAGCCAGUGCUGUCAUUCUGGACCUGCCCAGCUCAGAGGGAGCCAGUGUAGCAAAGACUCUCGGUGACAGAUGUGCUUUUGCUCCUGCUGAUGUGACCUCAGAAACAGAUGUCCGUAAUGCCGUCAGCAUGGCAAAAGAACAGUUUGGCCGGCUGGACAUAGCAGUGAACUGUGCAGGGAUUGCUGUGGCUGUAAAGACCUAUAACUUCAAGAAGGACUUGCCACACAGCUUGGAGGAUUUUCAGAGGGUCAUCAAUGUGAAUAUCGCAGGAACUUUCAAUGUAAUUCGUCUUGCUGUGGGAGAAAUGGGAAAAAAUGAGCCAGACUCGGAUGGGCACAGAGGAGUCAUUAUCAACACAGCAAGUGUGGCAGCUUUUGAUGGCCAGGUUGGACAGGCUGCAUAUUCUGCAUCAAAAGGAGGCAUUGUGGGAAUGACACUGCCUAUAGCUCGUGACCUGGCACCAAUGGGAAUCAGAGUUGUGACUAUUGCACCAGGCUUGUUUGCAACACCUCUGCUAGCUGGAUUACCUGAAAAGGUGCAAACGUUCCUGGCACGUCAAGUUCCUUUCCCGAGCCGACUUGGAAACCCCGCAGAAUAUGCUCAUUUGGUACAGGCAAUUGUAGAAAAUCCAAUGCUCAAUGGUGAGAUUAUUCGACUGGACGGGGCAAUACGUAUGCAGCCAUAAAACAGACCAUUUGGAGAAGAGGAGGGUGGCACUAAAGCUGUACUUUCCGAUAACUGCUUUCCCUCUUCAAUUAUUGGUCAGCACAAUUGCCUGUCCACCGAGGGCAUCUUAAAACAUAAAGCCAGAUUAUAGACUACUUAAUAAAUCAACUGCUGAUUUUUACUGCCUGACAGCAGACAUGAAUUUCUUAAAACUGCCUCUGACACACCAGAGUAUGGACCCUGCAGAGCUGUGACUCGUGACCAUGAGAUGAUCAAAAGUGGAAUAAAACUUGAGAUGAAUUAAUUUGUUA